AUGCAAGUAAGUGAAGCGAAGCUAACUGUGACAGGAGCUCAGGGGCCAGGAGAGAUGAGCGACGACCUGGGCGAGCUGCUGGGGCCGGUGGCGGCCGCGCUGCGGCUGCUGGGGCUCCAGGCGCCGUCGACGUCCUGGUCACUGACGUGGAGGGCGCUGCUGCUGCUCGUGGUGAACGUGUCCGUGCCCGCGAUGGCCGCUUCCAAGCUGUGGGUGGCGCCGGCAGCUAAGCUCGAGGAGCUCGCCGUCGAAGUAUUCGUCUGUGUCACCGGUGUCGCCAUGACCGUGAAGGUUGCAGCCUUCCUGUGGCAGCAGGAGCGGACGAAGCAGCUGGCGCUGCUGUUGGCGGACUGCAGACGUCGCUUCGUGUGUAGCGGAGGCGGUCCCGGCGACACGCGGGCCCGCUACCGGCGACACAUCCGCCGCAUCGUCGUCUACAUGCAGGUGAUGGUGGUUGUACCGACGACGCUGUGGCUUCUGGACCCGCUGGUGGGCGCCGGCUCUUCUGCGCGGCGCCUCCCGAUGCCCAUGUGGGUACCGCCGGGCCUGCGCUCCUCACCAGGUCACCAGAUCCUCUACGCCUUCCAGGCUCUCGCCAUGAUCACCGUGGUCGAAGCGUCGCUCUACCUCGACGUCUGCUUUGUCGUUCUCAUGCUCAGCGUCUCCGCAGAGCUGCACGUGCUCAACGACGCCAUUGCCUCCAUCAAGGCUCCAGCAGUUCUGAAAGACGUGGAACGCACGACGAUGUCCAAGAUGUUAUGCACACUCCCAAUAUACAUGUACGAAACGGGGCUGUACUGCAUAUUCGGCCAGACAAUUAUUGACCAGGUAGGUGCUCAAGAAAACAUUGAUAUUACUCCCAACUGA